AGAUUUUUCUUUUACUUUUUGUCUUUGUUUUGUUUUGUCUUUUUUUUUUUUGUUAUUUUUUUGUGUGUGUUCGUGCUCAAUCGAAUCAUAGAGUCGUAAUUUAAUUUAUGGAUCUGAGGGAGAUAGCCGACAGCUCCCGGCGGCGCUGGACGGAUCUGCAGCACGCCUCCUUCCUCAGCUGUCUGGAGGAGUCCUUCGUCCGGGGGUCGCUGCUCGGCUUUGACGCCAGCUGCCACCGCCGCCACCGCCUCCGCCGCUGCCGCCGCCCCCCUCGCCUCGACCGAAUCCUCCCCGACAGCGCCACCGAGUCGACCCGCGACCUCAGCCGCAACCCUGAUCGCCAGCCGGACCGGCCCGCCGACGGGGCGGCCGAAUUAGACUGACCGCACAUGCGGAAUUUAGGCCUAGUUUGAAAAUGCGUUGCCCAGAGGCACCUAAUUUUACAUCUGAGAGAGUACUAGCUAAGGAGCUGUUUGAUUGGAUUUUUAAUUGAAAAAUAUAGUAGCUAAAAA